AUGGAAAUCGCGGUUUCCAGUCCGAUAUCUUCGUCGGCUGUGGAUUUGGGGGAGAUAAACAGCAAAAUAGACAAGGAUCAGGUGCGCGUGAGGAGAAAAACCUUGGAGGUGGUACUGGAGCAGUGCCAGAGAGCUCUUGAAUUGCUAAAUAACACUGACGGCGUUGACGAUUACGACGACGACGACGGAGAUACCAGUGGCACGAAAUCAAAGGAAGUGGAGUCUUUGCCGAGCCGAGACAGCUCAUUAGCUUCGCUUGGCGAUCGAGAAGCUGACGAGUUAUGCGACCUCCUCAAAUCGAGAGUUGAAUGCCCUGACUUCCUUGAGAAGCUAGAGUGUGCUCAACUGUCAGUUUCACAUAACAUUAGUGAUGCUGAUGAUUUCUUGUAUGGUAUGGCAGAAGAAGGUAGUUCUUGGGACAUGAUCGAUGAGAAUGAUCUGUGGGAAGGUGAAAAUGAUGGAUCAGAUGAGGAAGAUUAUGUUCUUGUCCGACAAGAAGAUAUCGUAGAAGGUAUCGCUUGCUUCAUGGCUGCCUAUUUGUUGUCCCUUAAACAGACUAAGGCUGUAAGGAACUUUUUUGGUGUUUUCGGUGCUAUAACAAAUACAGAUGUUUUGUCUGAUAUUCUUACUUGGGUACUUUCUCUUCUUGCAGGACAUGGCCCCUAUGCAACUCCAGGAAGAACCCUGACAUCUCCUGUUAUAUUUCUUUUAGCCCUUAGCAAGACAUUCUCAGUAAAAAAGAAAAAAGGAAAGCUUAAGAAGGCAUGGGAUGGAAGCAAGGUCAUUUAUAAUGUAGCAUCUUGGGGAGCUACUGCCAUUGGGUAG